GUACACGGCUCAGCAGGCAAAACUCGACUUUGCCCUUUUUGUCCACUCUCGCGUUCCGUCACAGCCACCGUCUCCAACACAAAGUACGCUCUUCAGAAACUCCAAAGUGAUGUUUUCAGCGCUGAAAUAAGAUUUAAAUCAGCCGCUCGCCUCAUCAUGGCAGAGGUUUAUUACAUUGGUGUGGACGUGGGCACUGCCAGUGUGAGGGCUGCACUGGUGACCAGGGCUGGUCUGGUGAAGAGCACUGCAGAGGAGCCCAUCAGCAUCUGGGAGCCCCAGAAUGACCACUAUGUCCAGUCCUCCACUGAGAUCUGGGAGAAAUGCUGCACAGUUGUAAAGAGAGUUACCCAAAGUGUAGAGAGGAGUCAGGUUCGAGGGAUUGGCUUUGAUGCCACCUGCUCACUAGUGGUUUUGGACCAGAGCUUCCAGCCUGUGUCAGUCUGUCAGGAUGGUGACAGACACAGGAACAUAGUGAUGUGGAUGGACCAUCGCGCUGAGGAGCAGGCCGCUCGUAUAACCAACACCGGCCACAGGGUCCUGAGCAGGGUGGGAGGGGUCAUGUCACCAGAGAUGCAACCCCCUAAGCUGCUCUGGCUCAAAGAGAAUCUAAAAGAAAGCUGCUGGAACAAAGCUGCACACUUUUUCGACCUUCCAGACUUCCUGUCUUGGAAGGCAACGGGCUCUUUGACACGGUCUUUAUGCACUCUGGUGUGUAAAUGGACGUAUUGCCCCCCAGAGGGAUGGGAUGCUGGUUUCUGGACUAGCAUUGGACUGGAAGAUCUUCUGGAAAACAAGUUUUCAAAAAUAGGCAGUGCGACGUGUUCUCCAGGGAGCCCACAGGGAGACGGCCUUACUCAGGAGGCAGCAGCAGAUCUGGGUUUGGAGCCAGGAACUGCAGUUGGUGCUUCCCUCGUUGAUGCUCAUGCAGGAGGUCUUGGUGUGAUAGGUGCAGACGUAAAAGGCUUUAACUUGCCCUGUGAGGACCAGCCCAUCACCUCACGCAUGGCCAUGAUCUGUGGGACGUCAACCUGUCACAUGGCGAUCAGCGAGCAGCCUCUGUUUGUGCCCGGAGUGUGGGGGCCCUGCCUGUCCGCCAUGGUGCCCGGCCUGUGGCUCAACGAGGGAGGACAGAGUGCGACAGGACGGCUGAUCGACCACAUGGUGAAAGGCCACGCCGCCUACACCCAGCUCCAGGAAGAGGCACGGCAGAGAUGUCCUGUUACGGGCGAGAACAUCUACAGCUACCUGAACAGCCACUUGAGUUCAAUGGCUAACUCCCGCUCUGCUGUUGACCUGCUUGGCUCCAGUCUUCAUGUUUGGCCGGACUUCCAUGGGAACAGGUCGCCCCUAGCUGACCCCUCUUUGAAGGGCAUGGUGAUCGGACUGCCACUCUCCCAAACCUUGGACGACUUGGCCCUGCUUUAUUUGGCCACUAUACAAGCACUCGCUCUUGGUACGCUUCAUAUUCUGGAGGCCAUGAAAGAAGCAGGACAUGACAUCAGAACCCUCUUCCUGUGUGGCGGGUUGAGCAAAAAUGCCCUGUUUGUCCAGAUCCAUGCCAACGCUACAGGUUUGCCUGUGGUGCUGCCUGACCAGACGGAGGCUGUGUUAAUAGGAGCAGCAGUCCUGGGUGCAUGUGCAUCACAGGACUACAGCACCAUACAGGAGGCGAUGGAGAGAAUGGCGAAAGUGGGGAAAGUUGUUCGGCCUGAUCGUGAACUCCAGAGCUUCUAUGAGAGAAAGUACAAAGUGUUCCUGCGACUGUUCGACCACCAGAGGGAGUACCAGGCCAUCAUGAACCAGAGAUGAUGACACUGCUGCUGGGAGGCAGCCGAGCUGGAAGUGACUCUCUAGUGACGUAAUAGUGAUGACAAAUCCGACACGCUGGAAACGUGAACAGAAGUCUUAACCUUGCUGCUUCUCCUGAUAUUUUUUAAAGGUCCAGUUUUUAUUUUCUUAAUAACCUGGAGGACAGCAGCUUUCUGAGGUUUAAUAUCUGUGGUUUAGUUACACAUGCAGGGGUUCAGACCACAGUAGAUAAGACCUCUAUGGAGACUUCAUGCAGCUGUCUGCCCUUUAGAUGCUGCAGUUUCACCCAAACUGUCAAGGAGGAUGCAACAGAUUUUACAGUCGUUGACUUGCCAGCGGCCCCUCAGCUCCAUCCAAAGUCAAAUAUCAUCAAGUCUACUGUCACCAUCAAAUGUAUUUUAAUAAAUAAUUAAAAUGAUAGAACUGUG